ACGUGAAGUUGAACUUUAAGGCCUAAUAUUUAUAUCACAUUUGAAGAAAGAAAAGAACCAUGGCACUAAAUGUGUCCUUUCAGAAGGAGAAAAUCCCCACAGCUGCACUAUUGACAGCAGAAUAUCUAGCACAGAAUAAGCUGGUGAAAUGGUCACUUGAGGAGAAUACAGUAUUAACAGCUGAUGGAUCAACUUUGAAUAACAACUUCACUAUUUGUCGAUUUCUUGCUAACAAGUUUCAUAAAUUUGGACUAUAUGGAAAUACAAUUCUGGAGGCAUCUGAGAUUGACCACUGGAUGACCUUUGCUGCUGGGUCCUUGUCUUGUGCUGCCAAGUUUUCCUUAGCUCUCAAUUAUCUUGAUAAAAGUUUGGAGCCUGUCACAUACUUAGUGGGCAAGUCAUUGACAUUGGCUGACUUUGCUAUUUGGGAAGCACUUCAAAGCAGUAGCAAAUUCCAGACACUGCUAGCAAGUGGAGAUGCAGGCAUCAAUGUGACCCGCUACUACAAGUUUCUGAGCAAUCAGUCCUUGUUCAAGGUCGCAGAGAAAACACUGCCUAAGGUCAAGGCCAUUGAUGAAAAGAAAUUGGACAAAAAAUCAAAACAGUCUAAAAAGAAAGAUGAAGGAAAAUUUGUGGAUUUACCAGGGGCAGAGGUUGGAAAAGUUAUUGUUCGCUUCCCACCAGAGGCUAGUGGAUAUCUACACAUUGGUCAUGCCAAGGCAGCCCUACUAAACUACCACUACAGAGAGAUGUUCAAAGGGACACUCAUUAUGAGGUUUGAUGACACUAAUCCAGCCAAGGAGAAUGAGGAAUUUGAACAGGUGAUUUUGAAGGAUGUCGCUAUGUUAGGAAUUACGUACGAUAAGUUCUCCUUCACCUCGGACUACUUCGAUCAGAUACUGAACUUGUGUGAGAAAAUGAUUAAGAUAGGCAAGGCGUAUGUGGAUGAUACAGAUCCAGACACCAUGAAAAAAGAGCGAGAGGAACGCAAGGACUCGGUCAACAGAGACAACAGUGUAGAGAAAAAUUUAGCUAUGUGGGAGGAAAUGAAAAAGGGUACAAGCAGAGGACAGAAGUGUGCAGUGAGGGCCAAGAUUGACAUGAAGUCUGACAAUGGGUGUAUGAGAGACCCCACUCUGUAUCGCUGUAAAGUAGAGCCUCACAUCAGAACAGGAAUCAAAUACAAUGUGUAUCCCACAUAUGACUUUGCCUGCCCUAUUGUGGACAGUGUUGAGGAUGUAACCCAUGCCCUGAGGACAACAGAGUACCACGACAGAGAUGAACAGUACUACUGGAUCCUGAAUGCUCUAGGUCUACGACGCCCUUUCAUCUACGAGUACAGCAGACUUAAUCUACAAAACACAGUCCUAUCCAAGAGGAAGCUAACCUGGUUUGUCAAUGAGGGGAUUGUUGAUGGAUGGGAUGAUCCCCGAUUCCCUACAGUGAGAGGAGUACUAAGGAGGGGAAUGACAGUGGAGGGGUUAAAACAGUUCAUUGUGGCUCAGGGAUCAUCUAAAUCUGUUGUUAUGAUGGAGUGGGAUAAAAUCUGGGCAGUCAACAAAAAGGUGAUUGAUCCAAUUGUUCCAAGAUAUACAGCCUUGCUGAAAAAAGAAGUAGUGCCUGUUCAUGUGAAAGAUGCCUCUACUGGGAAGAUGAGUAAGCCUAAACACCCAAAGAAUGAAGAUGUUGGAAUGAAGGAUGUGUGGUACUCUCCCCUUGUAUACAUAGAGGGAGCUGAUGCGGAGCUGUUAAAAGAAGGGGAGAUGGUGACAUUUAUCAACUGGGGGAACCUCCAAAUAACUAAAAUAAACAAGAAGAAUGGCAAGAUUGUAUCCAUGGAAGCAAAUACAAGGCUGGAUAACAAAGACUUUAAGGAGACCCAGAAGAUAACUUGGCUAGCAGAGACUGACCAGGCCCCCUUCACCCCCACUGUGUGUGUCCAGUAUGACCACAUCAUCACUAAAGCUAUCAUCAGUAAAACCGAUGACUUCAAAGAGUAUGUCAACAGGAACAGCAAGAAAGAGUUGGUGAUGUUUGGAGACCCUUGUCUGGCCUCCCUGAAGAAGGGAGACAUCGUACAGCUACAGAGGAGAGGAUACUACAUCUGUGAUGAGCCUUAUCUUCCUACCAGUCCUUUCACGGGUUGCUGUAGUCCCUGUGUGUUGCUGAAUAUCCCUGAUGGUCAUACAAAGGAGAUGCCAACCUCAGGAUCCAAACACAAAGAAGACAGCAGCAGCAAAGAGAAAUCACAGAGCAAGAAAGGGAAAUCAGCUGAGAAAUCUCCCCCAGAAACACCGUCUGCAGGGGUCGACCUUGUAGAUCUAGACCAAAGGAUCAGAAGUCAGGGAGAAAGAGUUUGUGACCUCAAGUCCAAAAAAGCUCCCAAGGAACAAAUUGACGCAGAAGUUAAGAUUCUUCUGGCUCUGAAGGGGGAGUAUAAGUCUGCUUCUGGUUCUGAGUGGAAACCGGACACUAAACCAGUUCAUCCUGUCUCCUGUCCUCCAGCCUCUGGUUCAGGGGAUGUCGUGGAACUCAAUAACCAGAUAACCAAACAGGGCAGCCUAGUCCGGGACCUCAAGGCAAAGAAAGCCCCUAAGAGUGAAAUUGAUGAAGCAGUGAAGGAACUGUUGAAUCUGAAGGCCGAGUAUAAAAAUGUGUCUGGAAGUGACUGGAAACCCGGGACUGCUUCUCCAGCCAAGACACCUAGUGGUGCUAGUGGAGCAAAUGUCAGCGUCAUUAACGACAAAAUUGUAGCCCAGGGCAACAAAGUCAGGGACAUGAAGGCUAAAAAAGCCGCAAAGAGUGAAAUCGAUACUGCUGUGAAAGAAUUACUACGUCUGAAGGAGGAAUACAAGGCUGCCACAGGAAAGGAUUGGAAACCACAAGCUGCCACACCAGCAACACCACCACCACCCAAGUCUGGGGGAUCUGGUAAUGAGGCUGACCUCAAUAACAAGAUUGUGGCCCAAGGAAACAAAGUCCGAGAUCUCAAAGGCCAGAAAGCUGCCAAGGAUAAAGUUACUGCAGAGGUACAGAUAUUACUUCAAUUGAAGGCAGAAUACAAAACAGCUACAGGAAAGGAUUGGACACCACCCCCUGCUGGAUCCACUCCUCAGAAAACUGAACCAGUUCCUAAGGCUAUGGCAGGUGAAGGCACUGAGGCAGAGGGUCUCAAAAAGAAGAUAGAUGAGCAGGGAGAGAAAGUGCGGCAACUAAAGGCUUCCAAGGCCCCCGAGACUGAAGUUAAGAAAGAAGUUGAAACCCUUUUGGCCUUGAAGACUCAGUACAAAGAUCAAACAGGAGAGGAUCUCUCAGGUGGUGGACGAAAAGACAAGAAAGAUAAGAAGAAGGACAAGAAAGUCCCAGAAAAGAAGGAGGGAGAUAAACCAAAGGAUGACAAGGGGGAUCACAAGAAGGUCACAAGACUUGGUCUUGAAGCAAAAAAAGAGGAAAAUCUGUCUGACUGGUACUCCCAGAUCAUCACAAAGGCAGAGUUGAUUGAGUAUUAUGAUGUUAGCGGCUGUUACAUUCUCCGCCCCUGGUCAUACUCUAUUUGGGAGAGCAUCAAAGAAUUUUUUGACAGAGAAAUCAAGAAGAUAGGUGUUGAAAAUGCAUACUUCCCCAUGUUUGUUUCACACCAAGCACUUGAAAGAGAAAAGACUCAUAUUGCAGAUUUUGCACCAGAGGUGGCUUGGGUAACAAGGUCCGGGAAAUCAGAAUUAGCGGUACCCAUCGCAAUCCGUCCUACCAGUGAAACUGUGAUGUAUCCAUCUUAUGCCAAGUGGAUCAAGUCCCAUAGAGAUCUUCCACUAAGACUAAACCAAUGGUGUAAUGUUGUGAGAUGGGAAUUUAAACACCCACAACCGUUCCUCAGGACUAGAGAGUUUCUGUGGCAGGAGGGACACACAGCAUUCGCCACAGCCCAGGAGGCAGAGGAGGAGGUGUACAUCAUACUUGAGUUGUACGCCAGAGUAUAUGAAGAAUUGUUAGCUAUCCCAGUAGUCCGAGGUAGGAAGACUGAAGCAGAGAAGUUUGCUGGAGGAGACUUUACAACAACAGUGGAGGCCUAUAUCUCAGCUAGUGGGAGAGCUAUACAGGGUGGAACAUCUCAUCACUUAGGGCAGAACUUCUCCAAGAUGUUUGAAAUCUGCAUUCAAGAUCAGGAGACCCUAGAAAAACAGUAUGUUUAUCAAAAUUCCUGGGGUCUGACAACUCGAACCAUUGGAGUCAUGUGUAUGAUCCAUGGAGAUAACAAGGGACUGGUGCUGCCACCUAGGGUAGCCUGUGUUCAGGUGAUCAUUGUUCCUUGUGGAAUAACAGCCAAUCUCUCUAAGUCUGAUGAGCAGAACCUGAUGGACAAAUGUGAGGCGGUCAAGAAGGAGUUACUGGCAGUCGAUAUACGAGCUCGAACCGACCUCAGGGACAACUACUCCCCGGGCUGGAAGUUCAACCACUGGGAACUGAAGGGAGUGCCAAUACGUGUAGAGCUGGGGCCUAAUGACAUAAAAAAGAAUCAGCUUGUGGUCGUUAGACGAGAUAAUGGAGAAAAACUUAUACUGAAGAAUGAGAACGUUGCAAAACAACUCAAUGAUAUACUGAAUAACAUUCAAGACAGUCUCUUCAAAAAAGCUAAGUCUGACCUGGACUGUCACAUGAUCGUCUCCCACCAAUGGACCCACUUCUGUGAUUCCCUGGACAACAAGAAGAUCAUUCAGGCCCCUUUCUGUGGGGAUGAGGAUUGUGAGGCUAAGAUAAAGAAAGACAGUGCCAGAGAUGCUGUGGUGGAGGAAGGUGCCCCUUCAAUGGGAGCCAAGGGUCUUUGUAUUCCAUUCAAACAACCUGAGACUCUGAAACCAGGCACCAAGUGUAUACACCCAGACUGUACAAGAGAUGCCAAAUACUUCACAUUAUUUGGAAGAAGCUAUUAAAUUUACCAAACUGUUUAAUCAGAAGAGAACCAAAUUCACUGGAACAAUGGACUUACUUAACUCAAACUAUGGACUUACUUCAUUUAGUACUAUCUAAUAUGGCAUGGUAUUAAAUGUUAUCUCUUCUCCAUUUUUUAUUUGAAAUUAAUAGAGACCACCUGUUAUAUUCUGAUGAACUAUUCCUGUGAGGAAAAGUUUUGGGAUUUAAUUAUCAUGGAUACAAUUUAGUAACAUGUUCGGUUGGUAUAUACUGUAUACUAUAUUUAUUAAAAGUGAUGAUACUUGAAUAA